AUGGAGAAUGGCAUGUUCAUCUUCAGGAUGCAGGAUGAGGCUUCCUGUGAUGAGAUUCUUGAGUCCAAGAUUUGGCAUGUUUCUAAUAAGCCUUUGAUUCUGAGAAAGUGGCAACCAGGUAUGCAGCUCCUAAAACUAAAUCUUUCUUCUGUUCCUGUGUGGGUUAAAAUCAUACAUUUGCCUAUUGAAUAUUGGACUCCUAAAGGCCUUAGCUAUGUUGCUAGUGGUAUUGGGAAUCCCAUUUUUGCUGAUAAAGUGACAGAGGAACGUAAGAGACUUGGUUUUGCUAGAGUCUUGGUUGAGAUAGAUGUGGAUUCGGCUUGUCCUAAAGAGCUCACCAUUUGUAGGAAUAAUGGUGCUGUUAUCAAUGUGGUUGUUGAAUACCCAUGGUUGCCUCCAAAGUGUUCCACUUGUGGACAUUUUGGUCAUGCAACUUAUGCUUGUGCUAAAAAGGAGAAGCAAGUUUGGAUACCCAAAAAUCCUAAGACUGUGUGUAAGAAGACGAGUAGCCCUGCUAUUAAGCCGGUUGUGUUUGAUAAAGUCAUCAAGAGACCAAUAGGGGGUGAAAAUUCCAAAAGGAGUUUGAAUGGUUUGCGGGUUUCAAACUAUUUUGAGUCCACUGGUACUUUGGAUCAAGAAGUUGACAUAGAGAAGGAGUUCAGGGUUAGGUCCCCUACCACAUUUCUUGAGGUUUUUGAGCAGGCCCUUUCAUCUAGUGAUAAGGGGAAGGGGAAAAUGAGUGGUAGCCCUUUGGAUGAAAAGGGCUUGUCUCUCAAUUGUGUCUCAUGA